AUGAAUGCGGAGCCCCCACCGCCUCCCUGGAUUUGGAUGGUCCCGAGUGCGGCUGGGCUCUUCAGGAUAGGUGGGGCCGGGGUGGUGCCCCCUCCGCUUCUGCUCUCCUCGCCACAUCCUCCCCACCCUGCUCCUCUGCUCCAGGGGCUUCCCGGCUGGCAAGUCCCCUGCGAGCCUUUCCUGCCUCUCUCAGUGCCCUCUGCGCCAGAUCAGCGCCCUGCCGUGCACCAGUAUCCCUUCCUGAAUGGGCAGUGGAUGUUUGGAGCUCAUUCUCCAGUUAUAGGAUUUUCACCUUCUUCUAGUGUGGAAUUUGUUCCUAUCUUCCCACAUGUAUACACAUCUACUAUUCCACCUCAUGCCAGGAAAAGUUGGAGAGAUAAGAGACUACCUAAUUGCAAGAUAUAUUUAAAUAAUGCAUUUGCUCUGGAUUCAGCGUGGAUACAUCCUGAGGAAUCAAGAAUCUUCCAGGGACACGAGAAGCCUCUUUUAAUGACAAAUCAAGUAGCUAUGGCUAUAUCUAGGCCAGCUAUUGCCUCAAGGCCUCUUCCCACAGUGGUGUUAACACCUCAGCCCAUACCAGGUGGUUGCCAGAAUAGCCUUAAACAAGUGGGCAGUCAUCAGACGAUUGCAUUAGCUGCUGCAGCAGCAGCAGCUGCCAUGGUGUCCGUAGAUUCAGAAGCACCUCAGGGACCAUCACCUACAAGUAUCCAACCUUGCCAUGUGCUCACUCUGUCACCUGUCAAAAUACCAGUUUUGACUUCACCUUUUCCAGGUGCUGCUGCCAGAGUGGAUGCUCAUAUGACUCCUUUGAUGCCAACGCAAGUCACCAGGGUUGCUGCUGUAUCUACACCAGCUGUGACUUUCAUGGCAACCAAUUUCGUGGAUCAGUCAUUAACAGAUAAAGGCAAAGAAUCAAGCAGAGCCUCCUGCCCAGCAACAUUGAUUUUACAUACCGACAGGAAAAGCAAGCCAACAGAGAAUGAUGAGGAUAAGGAUCAUCCUUUGAAACUAGUAAAUGAAAAUGAUAGCAUAUCAAAUGGCAACAAGCCUGUGGCAUCUACUCCUGUACCAGGAUCACCAUGGUGUGUAGUCUGGACUGGAGAUGACCGAGUCUUCUUCUUCAACCCUACAAUGCAGCUGUCAGUAUGGGAGAAACCAGUGGAUCUAAAGAAUCGUGGUGAUAUUAAUAGAAUCAUUGAAGAUCCACCUCAUAAACGCAAGCUGGAAACUUCAGCAACAGAUAAAAGUGAUAGUUCUUGUCCAGAGGAAGUAAGUGAUGACCAUGGCACCAAAACCAAGAGAAAUAAAACGGAAGAUCCCCAGAAUGCUGAUCAGGAGAAGGUUGAAGUGAAAACAUCAGCACAUCAGAUUAUUCUUCCUUUAGAAGAACGCAUUGCCCAUUUCCGAGAUAUGCUUCUGGAAAGAGGGGUCUCAGCAUUUUCUACAUGGGAAAAAGAAUUACACAAAAUAGUAUUUGACCCACGCUACCUUCUGCUAAACUCUGAAGAACGUAAACAGAUAUUUGAGCAGUUUGUCAAGACCAGAAUAAGAGACGAGUACAAGGAAAAGAAAAAUAAAUUAUUGCAAGCCAAAGAAGAAUUUAAAAAACUUCUGGAGGAAUCCAAACUGUCACCAAGAACAACAUUUAAAGAGUUUGCAGAGAAAUAUGGCAGAGAUCAGCGGUUUCGACUUGUUCAGAAGAAAAAAGACCAAGAGCAUUUUUUCAACCAGUUCAUUCUUAUUCUUAAAAAGAGGGACAAAGAAAACAGAAUAAGGCUACGGAAAAUGAGAUAAGAAUUCUUGAAAUCUGCAAUAAACACACAAGCUAAUACUGUGACUGCCAUAGAAAGUGAAAUGAAGAAACAGCAUUUUUUGUCUUUUUCUGAUUCAAGUUCCAACAGUUUAAAGAAGAACCAGAUAUCCCUGAGAAAUAUCUUUUCAUACUGAGGUUCAGUGAACACAAGUUAAAUUUGUUCAGGUUCCUCUGCAGGAACCUGUAGGAUAUUUAGUUCUCAGAGAAUUAAUGUUUCAUAUUGAAGCUCUCUUUUGUACAACAUUCAUAGUUUGAUGCAUUUCUAAUUGCCAUGAUAUGUCAAUCUCUUAAUUGUUUUAAUUAUGCAAAUUACUUGUAAUAUACACAAAUUAUAAAUUCAAUGCAGAUUUGUAAUUAAGCAGAAAACAGAUGUCAUCCAUUACAAUUUCAAGAUAUGUUCAUCAUUUAAGGGAAUUAUCUAAAUCUAUUUUUUGGCAACUUUAUGCAUUAACAUAAAUUGUUUAGAAGUACAGUGGUAUUGAGGAAUUCAUCACUCAAUGUUCAUACGUCUAUGUCUAGUUUUCUGAGUAGUAGUAAUAGGGUAUUAAUUGUUAAUCAUAGUGACGAGUGUGUAAAUCUUGGCAUAAGUUUCAUAGAAAAACUUAUAACUUUCAAAUAUGGCUUUGGAAUUACUUUGAAUGGUGCUUUCAGGCACACAGAUUACAGCAACACUUCCCCAUCAAAGUUACUAUAAAGAAGCUAUCUUAUAAAAUUACCAUAUUAAUAUUUGAGUUAUUUUUAUUGUAAGUGAAGAUUUUGCAUGAGCAUUUUCUCAUCAUCUUUGUAUAAACAAAUAUUUUAACUUUUUUAAUUAAUAAAUAUUUUAAGCCAAUUCAUUUUUAUUUUUUAGUCUCUAGCAUUAGAAUUCAGACAGUAAUUGGUUUGAGAGCUACUAUAUGUAUGAGGAACACAUUGCUGUUGCCCUUGAUUUUUAUGUAAAUUUUUACUAAUGUCAACUGGAGUUAUGAGAGCAUUGAGGACCAAAUAGAUCCCACAAUAACAAUAAAUUAUAUAAAGCAUCUAGUGUAAAUCAGUAUAGUUCCACUGAAGUCAAUAGAGCUAGCCCAAUUUAUACCAGCUGAGGAGUAAACUGUUCUAUGUCUUCUUUCCAUAUUCCAUGCAGUUUCUGAGCUUAUUUUUGUUAAGAUCUAAUGUAAAUACUUUAGAGUCGGUCUGGAUGCUUUUCAGAUUUUCUGUUUUCUGUUUGAAAUUUGCCAUUUCU